UGCGACCGUAUUGAGUUGAUGAUACAAUACUUUUUGUUUCCCAGAAUCAUACUUGUCAAACCACAAGGAAAUUUCACCAUUAACAAUGACGAAGGCAAAUAUCAUCAUGAUGGCAACCUUGGCAGCAGCUGCUAUGUUAUCGGAAGCACUCGAUGCGCAAAUUUACAAGUUUGAUUGCGUUGGGUGCAAGUCAGUAUGCGGCGGAAGCAGGUUUGGGAAAAUUUAUUGUGCAGGAGAUCACUCAAUGUGUUACUGCGAGCCUGAGUGUGAAGUAGGCCAAAGGAGGCAUCAAACCACCAGAUCCGGAGUCUACUGGAAUGGAGCUUUUCAUUGUCCCGAUUGUGACCUCACUUGCGGCAAAAAUUACACCAUGGCAACGGUGUGGUGCGACUCUCCUGAAGGCUUUGACUGUCAUUGUGCUGCUCCCCAGAUGUCUGAUUUUUGUGAUUGAACACUGUGAUUCUAAAUAAUAAUAUAUAAAACGGGUGUAGUUAACAGGAUUGAAUAAAAGACGG